GAAAUUUAUUGGACAGACUUAUGAUGGUGCAUCUGUUAUGUCUGGUCAUCUCAAUGGUGUUCAAGCUCAAGUUCAGCAGGAUUAUCCUUAUGCUCAAUUUGUUCACUGUGCUGCCCAUAGACUAAAUCUAGUAUUAUGUCAAGCUGCAUCCUCCAUUUCACCUGUUAAGAUUUUCUUUGUUAAUAUUAGUGCUUUCUGCACCUUUACUAGCAAUUCCUCCAAAAGAAAAGCUUUACUAUCAUCCCAUAGGCUUGAGUUUCCUAGUCCUGGUGACACAAGAUGGUAUUAUAGGGCUCAUGUCAUCAAUGUCUUGCAUUCUAACUAUGAGAAACUGAUUGACAUAUUUGAAAAUCUUACUGAUUAUCCAAUAGGUUGGGAUGAUGAAACGUUAAGUAAGACUACUGGUUUACUUGGCUACCUUAAUGGCUUCUUGUUUUGUUUCUUGGUACAUGUUUUCCAGAGAAUUCUUGAGCAGUCAUCCAUACUUUAUUCUAUCUUGCAAGACAAGGACGCUGACUUUCAUUAUGGAAUGAGUAGGUUUGAGAGAUUCAAGGCCUUUGUUGCUUCUCUGAGAAAUGAUACAGAAUAUUGUCAGGUGUACGACCUGGCUGUUGAGAAAGUGGGACCACCAGUAACCAGGGUGUUUAAGAUGUGGAAAGGUGAAGUGCCCUCAGAAAAGAUAAAUCUUCUAAAGGAGGUUUAUGGUGAUAUGUUUGAAAUACCAAUGCUAGUAAGCCAACUUUGUUUUAUUUACAGAGAUAACGACUUUCACCAUGAUUCAUGCGAUGAACUAUUGAAAUAUAUUUUUCAGUUCCAUCUUCAAUCUAGUAUUCCAGAAGUUGUAACACUGUUAAAGAUAAAUGGGGUUUUGUCAAUUACAAGUGCUUCAGUUGAGAGGUCAUUUUCUUGUUUGAAGAGGGUAAAAAAUUAUCAUAGAAAUACUAUGAGCCAAGGACGUUUUAGUUCUCUUUGCAGGAUUUCCAUUCACAAAGACAUACUGUUAGAGAAAGAAGACGCCAACACAUUGCAUGAUGAGGUAGUAAAGAAGUUCAUUGAAAAACCACGAAGACUUGCUUUCUUAUACAAAUAGGUAUUCAUAUAUGGCUGAUAGCAAGCUGAUGAUGUCUUUCGUCCAUGGCAUGUAAGAAUUUUUCCGGGAACUUUUUAAUGCAAGCAAUGAUGAUUGUCAUUUCAGCACGACAAUGAACGGCAUCACAACUUUUAAUAGUUGUUGAUGACAAAUCUGAGCCUUUUUCUGUUCUUUUGUCAAAGUUUCUUUACAAGAUGUACAUAGGUAUCUAUUUAUGUAUGUGGUGUUGAGAAAAUAAAU